CUCUCUGACAUCUGACACCCUCUCUCUUUUAUACUUUAUAGGAAUGAAAUGCUUCAAUUGUUCUUCCCAAACUCUUCCUUGAUAUAUCAUCAUCUAUCGACAAAUCAACCGGGCAACAAUCUCCUCUGGUAUUGUGGUCAAUAAUCUUUCAUGUUGGAACUUAUGUCAACAUCUUGAAAAUCCUCAAAACCCUUCUACUUAUUUUUAUCCUGUUCUACUCUUUCCUCAUUCCUAAUAAAUCACCCACAAACAAAUAUAAUUUAACGGAAAACUCCCCAAUUAGAAAACCUCACACUUCAGUCCUCAUUCACUCCUUCUUGAUUCACCUUCAAUAAAUAUACAGGCGUCGCAAAAUAUUCUGGUAGUCAUGGCUAUGAGUCCUUCUCCUCAAAUGUCUCCGACAACAUUCGGAAAACAAGUUGAGAAACAAAGAUCAAACUCUCCACCUCCGCAUCAACUAUCCAAAAGAGACAAACGUCGAUCCGCAAUGCAAGAUAAACUGCAUGAAAUGACGGUUAGCUUUGCUUCAAAUAGAGAUCAUCAUUACCGCGACCAACUCAAAGGAUUGCAAAUCGACAUGAAUCUCAUUCAGGAAGCUGACGUUCAUGGCAAAUACGCUCUCCCGGACGGCAAUGAGGUUGAGCCAUUAGUUGUAGAUGGAAUCAAGAAAGUUAAAGGAAUUGCUGGUCAUCAUCCAUCUGCUGCUGGAAAAGAGUAUGAAUCUUUCGCAAGAGAAAUCAAUAACGCCAUGGAAGAACGGGACGUCGCAUUAACUACGCAUAUGAGAGACUACGAAGUUAAAGCAAAUGAAAUCGAAUCCAGUUAUGCCUAUCGAAUGCGACUCGCGGACUUGGAAUACAAAGCUUUGAUGUCAACCUUGAGAGAUCGUUUGAUCAAUAAGCUCAAUAGCAAGAAAGCACACUUGCUGAAAGAUAAAGAGUCAAUUGAAAUUGGAGAGAGCAAUGCUUUACUUUUACACCCAAGCAAAUUUGGUCUCGCUAACCCCGCUAGCCCUGGUGGGAUGCAUUCCAAAAGAGCUACAAGGCAUCGUCGAGAAGCGGAAGAAUUACCCAACAUGUUUGAUCACUCUAAACGGAAGAGAAAAGGAAUUGAUGGCGACGAAUCUCCAGCUCCCUCAAGACAACGUAUGGACAAUGGCGGUAAUACUCCGUUGGGAACAUAUGAGCGAAACGGAAACACAUCCGCACAACUCGAAGCACCAGCAAAUAGCAUAGAAGGUCUAUUUACGGAGAAAGAGCUCGGAAUGAAAUACAAUGAGGCAGCUCAAGCAGCAUAUAGUUAUAUGGUUCGACAUCCACCAUACGAAGAUGAUAACAGUCCUCAAAAUGGCAGAUCUGAUUCCAGCCCCGACACUGAUAAAAUAAAUGCAACAUCUGGAGAUGUUGAGAAUGAUGAAUCAGAUUCUCCUCAAUCCGCACCUCAAAUGGAACGUCAACCAUCACACCAGACUAGGAGCACACGCGGGGGAGGAGUAAACUUUAAUACAGGCACAGGAAUUGAUAUUCUUAGUGAUUUAGCAUAUCCUGGAAACAUGGCAGCAAUCACGAAACAAAUCCCCAAAUUACCACCACUUCUCGCCUCGAAUAUGCAGAAAGGAUAUGUGAAAGGAGAUGCUGCCAAUCAACCACAAGGAUUGGCUCCUGAUGAGAUCAAUGCCGAAUUAGAAAUUAUCAGAAGAGGUCGCACAUAUAACGACGAAAGGGGGUUUGGUAAAAAUCUUGACUUGGAAAAUGGUGGAAAAAGUCUUCUUGAAGCAGUCAGCACACCAAGAAGACCUCAAACCUAUUAUGUUAAAAGCGACCAUAAAGGUACAAUGCUCAGCAACUUGAGAGAAGAAUUGGGUGCAGAAGCAAUGUCAAAACAAAGUUCUAGAGGAGGUAGUGAAGUUGGAGGAACACCAAUGUCAAGGCAAAACACUAAUGAUGGAACAUCAUCAAAAGCUGGCGGUCGAGGGAAGAAAAAUCUUUUGAUUUGAGGGGAAAAGUCAUUACAUUACUUUGUUUGAUUAGGUGUACAUUGUUGGUCAAUUGGUUAUUAGAGAGCGUUGGCGUUGGGGGAUUAGGAAUAUCAUGAUUCAUGAGGAACAUUAGAUUCCGAUUAUCCAUUCAUGAGGUGGGAAGAGGUAUGGGUGGGUAUAUUAUAUCAUGGUUAGUUGUUAGUUAAUGACGAUGGGGAGUCUGUAUCUAAGUGGUUUCGUCGUUUUUA